UUUGGGGGGUUUUGUUUGUUCAGCUUUUUGAGACAGUCACUAUGUGACUAGACUGUCCUCGACCCCAUAGAGAUCCGCCUGCCUCUGCCUCCUGAGUGCUGGGAUUAAAGGCGUGCACCUUGUUUUGUUUUGUUUUGUUUUGCAGUACUGGGAAUUAAACCCAGGAACUCCAGCAUACAAGGCAAGUGCUCCACCACUGAGCCACUUCCCCAGCCAGAGUCAAGACUUCUUAAAGGAAAGGAAGCACGAGUGGCGGCAAAGGUCAAAGGAGCCAGGCUUCAGGGGAGGGCAGAGUGGAUGAAGGGACCUAAAAGAGGAAAGGCAGCUGCUCCUUUACAGGCAGGAUCUCACCCCUGGGGGCGCUAACCAGGAGCUGAGCAGGUGACCUGAGUUGUGUUUUCUUCCAAAGAGCUUUGGAGAAGCAGAAUCCUGGGACUUCAGGUGAGACAUGGUCUGGUUGGCUUCCUGGUUUAGCCACAGUCCACAUGCUUGACAGAAGAACUGAAGAUGGGACAUACCUGGGCCAGGUGGGGAUGAAGCUCUCUGAAGACACCUACUGUGUGCCAGACACUUGAGAUACAAAGGUGAGGUCUGCAGUUUCAGUUCUUACUGCCCAGGAGUUUAACAUUUCCCAAAAGCUUACACAAUAACUAUUCAGUUACAAUCUAGAAAGUGUGCUGAAGAAAUAAUGAUUCUAAGAGACCAUAGGUCAUAUAGGAACAUAUGAAUCCCCCUUUUGCAAGUCUCUUAAGGACCACACUAUCAUUUACUGAUUUACUCAGGGGAAAAUGAGGACCGGGCCAGGAGUAAUAGUACUGAAACUUGAGGCCCAUUUCUUUCUUCAUUCUAAAAAAGGAAACUUGAUAAGUUCACAAGGCUCUUCUGGGGCAGUGAACUGAGACCUAGGAUCAACAAAAAAAAGUGAGUGAGGUCUGUACAUGUGGACCAGACCACCAUGCCAUGCCAAAACUAUCCGCAUAAAAGAUAUGAGAAAUUACUUGAAAAUUCACUGGGGGCCUGGCUCUCAUCCAUAAUCUCCCACCCAAGUACAAACCAGGCCUGGCCCCAUGUAGUUUCUGCAAUCAGAUGAAUUCAGAGUCCCAAAGUCAUAGGCACACCUGUAAUUGCAACGGUCUAGUAGCAAAGGCAGGAAGAUCAUUGCAUGAUGGAGGACAACCUGGUCUUCACAGAAGAGUGUCACACCAGCCAGGACUACAUAACCAGAUCCUGUUUCAAAAGACCAGACACAAAUGGAACAUUAAAGUUGAAGGGCCUGAGAAAUAGUUCCCUGAUUAAAACCCAGGCUACUCUUUCAGAGGGUCCAGUCUGUAACUCCGGUUCUAGGGAAUCGAACCUCUUCUGUGUCUGCAGGCAGUUAGACAUGCGUGCAGGCAAAAUGGUCAUACACAUAAUGUAACGUAAAUAGUAAAACUUUUUAAAAAUUAAAGUUUAAAAUGAAAGUUCAAAAAAGGGAGAGGGGCUGGAGAGAUGGCUCAACGGUUAAGAGCACUGGCCGCUCUUCCAGAGGACUGGGGUUCAGUUCCCAGCACCCACAUGGCAGCUCACGACUGUCUGUAACUCCAGUUCCAGGGGGCCAGACACCUUCAUACAGACAUACAUGCAGGUAACACAUCGAUGCACAUAGAGUAAAGAACUAGAUCAUAUUUUGAAGAUAGUUCCACCAUUUGUUUGUUUAUCACGUUGGAGUUGGAACCUGGAGCCUCACUCACAGCAAAUGCUCUGGCAGAUGCUCGACCACUGCAAUUCCAGCGCCCGGCUGUUUUUCAUUUUAUUUUCAAACAGGGUGUGGUUAAGUAGCCUAGGCAGUCAUCCCGCCUCAACCUCUGAGUAGCUGAGAUGACCAGGACUGGCCCCAUAUGUAUUUUGUUUAUUUUUUAUUAUUUAUUUAUUUAUUUACUAACUGACUUACUUACUGAGGCAGGGUUUCUCUGUGUAGCCCUGACUGUCCUCUCUCUUGUAGACCAGGCUGGCCUCGAACUCAGAGAUCCACCUGCCUCUGCCUUCCAAGUGCUGGGAUAAAAGGUGCGUGCCACCAUCGCCCGGCUUGGAUACGUAUUUUAAAUACUCUCUGAAGGUCGCUCAGCCAAUGAACAAGACAUCGCUCUAUCUGAUGUACUGCGAUUGCACGGAAAACAAGAGGAGCCUGGUGAGUUCCAGAUUGAUGAAGAGCAAAGGGUAGAGCAGGUGCACGUUAGACCUUGGAGGUUGAGCUAGGAGCCCUGGAGCAAAAGAUGCCGAAUCAGAGCAGAGCCGGGGCGAUCCUGUCCCACCCGGAGCUCCUGGACUAGGGUGCAGGGUUGACAUUCGCACGGUCUCGGACCACGCCCCUCAGGAUAGAACUGGUCCAAGAGGGGCGGAGCCAGGGGUGGGCGUGGCAGGCGGUGGGCAGCCCCCCGCCACGCUGCAGUUGCCUGGACAUUCCUGGCUCUUCGGCCGGGGCGGAGGAGCUCCCGGCGGCUGAGCGUGCCAACCCCGCCGGGAUCGUGACCCGUGGGCGCGGGAAGCAGGCGGCGGAGGAGCCAGGUGAGCCGGGCCCCCUGCAAUGGGAGCCGAGUCUAGCUCUGGGUGAGCCGGGCCCCACACUGCGCUCCCGGACGCCAGGGGGAGAGCGGCUGCAGAGCUCCGGAGCUGUCCCCUCCAGCCCCGGGGACCUUGGCGCCCGCCCGGCGGGAGUAGUUGGGUGGAGGGGGCGGUAAAUCAGUAACCCGCAGCGCACACAGGGCCUUUUGUCCCCCUCCGUUCAAAGAGCACCCUGGUCACCGUUCUAGUUACUUAUUGCCCACCGGGCGGGGGCGAUGGGCCAGCUGUCUAUGCAGCUAAAUGAGGACCGAUGACUUGCACCUCUGUCCGAGGGUGACGGAGUGGGGCCACUAAAGUCAGAGCGCUGUCAUCCUUGGGCCGGUACCCGGCAGUGUGCUGGACAUAAAGAUGAGGAAACCAGCGUUGGGAGAGGAGCAGUCACUUGCCCAGAGCUCCCCAUCGUGUGAGUGCGGGAGGGUGGAGAACUCAAUGCUAUCUGAUGACAGUCUCUGGUCCCAAUUGUUGGUGAUCUUCAGCGGCCAGCCGCGGUGACCAGAACAAGGACUCUGUGGUUGUGAGUUCAAGGCAGCCUGGGAAUGGGAAUAAACCCUCCCUGGACCUGUCCACCCCUUGGGGCGCUAGAGAGACCCUCUCUGCUUCGCAGGGUGUGGUAGGAGUCUUUUGCAGAUGGGCUGACCAAACUGAGGAGAGGGAAAGGUCAAGGUUCUAAGACAAGAGGGGCACGAUGGUACAGGCAAGAAAACAAAUGUGCUGGACUUUAGAAUCUCCUAAAGAAACUAAAGGGACAGACAGUGGGACUAACAAGAUUGACACCGGCAUUUAAAAUGAGGCCUAGAAAAGCUGGGCUUGGCACAUGGGCUUUAACCGACACUAGCCGGGCUGAGGCAGGAAGGAGGCUCACAGUUUGAAGGCCUGUUUGGUUUACAGAGUUUCAAAGCCAGCCUGCCUGAUCAACUUUGGUAAGACCUUGUCUCAGAAUAAGAAAAAAGAAGAAGGAAGAAAAAAGAAAGCGAUGGCCUGCAGUUAACCCUCAAGAGCCUGUAAACUGGGUCAUAGUGUGAAUGGCUCAAACAAACCCGCUGGAAGGUAGAAGGUUAAGGACUAACAGUUGUCAAGAUUCCAAGCAAAACUUGACCAGGACCUGGCCUAAGUAAAGGCAGGGGAAGGGGAUACAUUGAAGAAUGAUUGAGGUGGUUAAAUGGGCUGACUGUAGGGGGCAGCGGGCUGAGGAGAGAGGGUUUAAUGGGCAGCGUUCCCAGUUUGUUAAAAUAUGGAAUGCAACUUUUAAGAAUCAUGCUGUUUUCUUUGACCGUACAUACACUAAAGUUGCACUGAUACAAAUUCACAAAGCAGCCAGGCGGUGGUGGCGCACGCCUUUAAUCCCAGCACUUGAGGCAGAGGCAGGUGGAUCUCUGAGUUUGAGUCCAGCCUGAUCUACAAAAUGAGUUCCAGGACAGCCAGGGUUAUCCAGAGAAACCCUGUCUUGAAAAACCAAAACCAAAACCAACAAACAAAAAACCAAACUCACAAAGCUUUCCAUACUUAAAAAGCAUGCUCUGGGGUUAGGAAUGUAGCUCUGUAGUGGAGCAUUUGCCCAACAUGAGCAAGGUCCUGGAGAAAAAGAAUACUGAUCCAAAGAUGCCAGUGCCACCUGGACAGAUAACAGACCUGCCACCAGGACUAGGUAGCAAGACUGUAUGUCCCUGGGACUACAAUGGUCCCCACUCAAGUUAAGGCUUAGCUCUGGGUCUUCCUUUUGGGAAACAGAGGUCCUCCACUUGGACAAGGGUUACUAGAUGUGGUGAAUGUGUGCAUCAUACUUAAUGGCAACCGUUUGGAAGCAGAGAAUGACUGGCGGCUAAGGCCGGCAAAGGGUGCCAAGUGAGCAGUCAGUGUGGGGCUGGGGAGCGUAUCCCACCCUCACCCUGUGUGUGCCAUCCCUCUGUGCUUGUCUCUUUUAUCGCUGAAGCAACCCUUUGAUGACAAUGGUCCAUAAAGGGACAAAGACAGGACUUGUCGAGAAUCAGGAUUUGGGUUUGUCACUACCAGACAUGUAAAAUCUGUGUUAUUUACAAAACCAGCUAAACAUGAAUUCAGCUCAGUGGCAGUGUUUGCUUAGCAAGGAGGUCUUGGGUUUAAUCCCCAACUCUGCAAAAACAAUAAGCAAAACCAAACAAGCUCCUACAUUGUCUAAGAUGAAGUUGGGAGGGUACAAACCAACUGGUGUCCCCAGUAUGCAUUUCUGGCUCAGAACGAGGAAGAGUGUCCUUAAUUUGGACAGUGCCUUGUUAAAGGAGAGCACCCAGCCGCUGGAAGGAUUCCAAGCUGGACAUGGAAAUGUCAGUAAUGCUAAAGAGUGGGGUCCUGUUAGACAGUGUCCAGAUGCUGAAGGCUGGCCUUGGAUUAGAUUUCACUUUUCUUCUUUAACUCUUCAGCAAUGAAUCCAUUUAUUCAGCAAAAAAUAAAUAAUGUGUACUGAGAGUGAGCAAAAGAUAUGUCACCAUCUCUGCUUCCUUCCCAGAAAGGAAUCUUAAAACUGCUCUUUCUGUGAAGACAUGCCAGGGUCUCAGUAGGACCCAAGGCAAGCAGGAAGUCCAGCACCCCCCCCCCUGCAGAACCUCCUGUGGGGAGGCCUUGGGCACUGGCAGCAGCAGUCCUGGUUUCAGCCUUGGCUCUACUACCGUCUGACUGGGGUUUGGAUGAGGCUGCCGACUGCUUUCCAUCUGCAUCCCCAGAAAAAAGAGCGAAUGUAACAGGAACUCUUUCCCCCUGUUUCAGGAAGGUGGUCAGUGGAAAGUCUGGCCUGGGUCCUGAGAACAGCUGGGAGGAAAUGUGGCCGCUGUUAGUCCUAUUGAGCGUCCUUCUGGGGACACCAGCCUUGUUCCUUGAGGCCUCUGAGGAAAUGGAGCUGGAGCCCUGCCUAGCCCCGACCCUGGACCAGCAGGAGCAGGUGCUGACUGUGGCCCUGGGGCAGCCUGUUCGACAGUGCUGCAGGCGGAAUGAGCGUGGUGGUCAUUGGUACAAGGAGGGCAGACGUCUAGCAUCUGCUGGACGAGUACGGGGCUGGAGGGGCCGCCUGGAGAUCGCCGGCUUCCUCCCUGAGGAUGCUGGCCAAUACCUCUGCCUGGCACGCGGUUCCAUGACCGUCUUACACAAUCUUACCUUGAUUAUGAAUGAUUCCUUAACCUCCAUCAAUAACGAUGAGGACCCUAAGACCUUCAAUGGCUCCUCAAGUGUGCAUGUUUACCCCCAGCAAGCACCCUACUGGACACACCCCCAACGCAUGGAGAAGAAACUGCAUGCAGUGCCUGCUGGGAACACUGUCAAAUUCCGCUGUCCAGCUGCAGGCAACCCCAUGCCCACUAUCCACUGGCUCAAGGAUGGACAGGUCUUCCACGGGGAGAAUCGGAUUGGAGGCAUUCGGCUGCGCCACCAACACUGGAGCCUGGUGAUGGAAAGUGUGGUGCCCUCAGACCGUGGCACAUACACGUGCCUUGUGGAGAACUCUCUGGGCAGCAUUCGCUUCAACUAUCUGUUGGACGUGCUGGAGCGGUCCCCGCACCGGCCCAUCCUGCAGGCGGGGCUCCCAGCCAACACCACAGCUGUGGUUGGCAGCAAUGUGGAGCUGCUGUGCAAGGUGUAUAGCGACGCCCAGCCCCACAUCCAGUGGUUGAAGCACAUCGUUAUCAACGGCAGCAGCUUCGGCGCUGAUGGCUUCCCCUACGUACAAGUCCUAAAGACAACAGACAUCAAUAGCUCAGAGGUAGAGGUCCUGUACCUGAGGAAUGUGUCAGCUGAGGAUGCAGGGGAGUACACCUGCCUGGCAGGCAACUCUAUCGGCCUUUCCUACCAGUCAGCAUGGCUCACGGUGCUACCAGAGGAGGACCCCACGUGGACAACAGCAACAUCUGAGGCCAGAUACACAGACAUCAUCCUGUACAUAUCGGGCUCCCUGGCUUUGGCUGUGCUCCUGCUGCUGGCCGGGGUGUAUCACCGACAAGCAACUCACAGCCACCGCUCCCGCCAGCCUGUCACCGUACAAAAGUUGUCCCGUUUCCCUUUGGCCCGACAGUUCUCUUUGGAGUCGGGGUCCUCUGGCAAAUCAAGCUUGUCCCUGGUGCGAGGUGUCCGGCUGUCCUCCAGCGGCCCUCCCUUGCUCACGGGCCUUGUGAGCCUAGACCUACCUCUGGACCCACUUUGGGAGUUCCCCCGGGACAGGCUGGUGCUCGGAAAGCCCCUGGGUGAGGGCUGCUUCGGGCAAGUGGUUCGUGCAGAAGCCUUUGGCAUGGACCCCUCCCAGCCUGACCAAACCAGCACCGUGGCAGUGAAGAUGCUGAAAGACAACGCCUCCGACAAGGAUCUGGCGGACCUGGUAUCUGAGAUGGGGGUGAUGAAGCAAAUUGGACGGCACAAGAACAUCAUCAACCUGCUGGGUGUCUGCACGCAGGAAGGGCCCCUGUAUGUGAUUGUGGAAUGUGCUGCCAAGGGAAACCUUCGGGAAUUCCUCCGUGCCCGGCGCCCCCCAGGCCCUGACCUCAGCCCUGAUGGGCCUCGGAGCAGUGAUGGGCCACUCUCCUUCCCGGCCCUGGUCUCCUGUGCCUACCAGGUGGCCCGAGGCAUGCAGUAUCUGGAGUCUCGGAAGUGCAUCCACCGAGACCUGGCUGCCCGAAAUGUGCUGGUGACAGAGGACGAUGUGAUGAAGAUUGCUGACUUCGGGCUGGCCCGUGGUGUCCACCAUAUUGACUACUAUAAGAAAACCAGCAAUGGCCGCCUGCCAGUCAAGUGGAUGGCUCCUGAGGCCUUGUUUGACCGUGUAUACACACACCAGAGUGAUGUGUGGUCCUUUGGGAUCCUGCUGUGGGAAAUCUUCACCCUUGGGGGCUCCCCAUACCCUGGCAUCCCAGUGGAAGAACUGUUCUCACUGCUGCGAGAGGGACACAGGAUGGACCGGCCCCCGACCUGCCCCCCAGAAUUGUACGGGCUGAUGAGGGAGUGCUGGCAUGCAGCGCCCUCUCAGAGGCCGACCUUUAAGCAGCUGGUGGAGGCACUAGACAAGGUCCUGCUGGCUGUCUCUGAAGAGUACCUUGACCUCCGCCUGACCUUUGGACCCUACUCUCCCUCCAGUGGGGAUGCCAGCAGCACCUGCUCCUCCAGUGACUCUGUUUUCAGCCACGACCCUUUGCCACUGGAGCCAAGCCCCUUCCCUUUCCCUGGGGUGCAGACGUGAGCAGGGGCGCAAUGUUGUACGGGCUGGUAGGUCAGUGGCCGCGGACCUCCUAGCUCAGCUGCAACCUGACCAAACAUCUGACGUCGGCAGCACCAGGCCCCUGACUUGAGGCCACUGCUGUCCCAGAUCUCCGGCCCUGCUUUGGGGAGGCCCACUCUUGGACCUACAUUUCACAGUUCAGGCCUUCUGCCCUAGCUUCAUGCUCCCAACCCAGAGUUCAACUCUAGUCUCUGGGUCCUGACCCUGUCUUGGACUUACCUUCAGAGAAGCUGAGAGUUAGGACUUCAUGUCCUGAGCCUUGGCACUCAGCUUCCAUCUCAGGGGCUUGCUAGGCCUGGCUGCAAAGCUUUCGUCCCAAACUUUUCUGCUUCUCCAAACUACCUAGAGGUUAGAGGCCGAUGGACCUCCUUGACCCCAGCCCCCAAGCCUCACCCCCAUUGCUUGUCCAGGAUCUUGGUGGAAGGAGCAUCAGCUCUGGUGUCCCUGAGAGACUAGAAGCCUAUGGAAAACACGGAAGAUGGCAUUUUAUAAAUUAUUUUUUGAAAUAAA